CGUUCUAAGGAAAGGGAGAUGCGCACGCAGCCACUUCUUCCCCUCCAGUUUCUCUCUCUCUCUGUUGAUAGCGGCGCUCGCUUCCACACGUGCAGUGUUUUCUAUGUGAAUCUCUCUUUCUGGGGCCCGUGUGUUUAUAAACUCGUCGUGCUCUGCCACAACAGGUAUAAAGCCAUAGAAACUGACCGACCAUGGGGGCUUAUCUGUCGCAACCAAACACAACCAAGAGCUCGUCCGAUGGCGGCAACAGCCACAUGAGCUACGGUUUCUCUGCCAUGCAGGGCUGGCGGGUCUCCAUGGAGGAUGCUCACAAUUCAAACCCAGAGUUUGAUGAGGAGACGGCCAUGUUUGCUGUGUAUGAUGGACAUGGAGGUGAAGAGGUGGCUCUGUACUGUUCAAAGUAUCUUCCUGACAUUAUCAAGGAGCAGAAGACCUAUAAAGAUGGAAAACUGCAAAAGGCUCUGGAGGACGCCUUCUUAGCCAUUGACAGUAGAAUUACCACAGAAGAAGUAAUCAAGGAGCUGGUCCAGAUCGCAGGUCGGCCCACCGAGGAGCCACCUGCUGAAAAAGUGGCGGAGGAGGACGAUUUGGAGACGGAGGAGGCCGCUUUGCUCCACGAGGAAGCCACAAUGACCAUAGAGGAGCUGCUGGUACGCUAUGGCCAGAACCUCAAUGCUGUCAAGCAUGCAGCUGCGAUCAGUGCGGCUGCUAAGAAGGCGGCAUGCUCAGGAGACAAAGGGGAAUGUGGGGAAGGACCGAAGAAGGAUGGCGUAAAUGGAGAGGUGGAGGAGGAGAGCAACGGGAAGGUAAAGGAAGCCGAAGGAGCGGCAUGCGGGUCUAAGCUGAGAGCCUGUCGGAGAACAGGAGGCGGUGAAAGCAGUGGUGCAGCAGCUGACUGUGGAGGGUCGGGAAGCUCCAAUGGAGAAGAAAAGGCUGGUAAGGCCGAAGGAGAUGCAGGUCCCUCCUGCUCCUCCUUGUCCUCCAAGGCUACAGGAGAUUCCAAGUCCAGGUUCUUUGAUGACAGCGAGGAGUCUGAGGAGGGCGAAGAGGAGGAGGGUAGUGAUGAAGAGGAUGGCAGCGAAGAGGAAGAAGGUGACAGUAGUGAGUUGGAAGAAGAGGAGGAUACAGAGGAGGGAGAGGAAGACUCUGAGGAUGAGGAGGAGGAGGAAAUGUGUCUACCUGGAAUGGACGGCAAGGAGGAGCCUGGCUCAGACAGCGGCACCACAGCUGUUGUGGCUCUGAUCCGCGGAAAACAGCUGAUCGUGGCCAAUGCUGGAGACUCUCGCUGCGUGGUGUCCGAGCGAGGCAAAGCUGUCGACAUGUCGUAUGACCACAAGCCAGAGGACGAGGUGGAACUGGCUCGCAUCAAAAACGCUGGAGGGAAAGUGACCAUGGACGGACGGGUCAACGGUGGACUGAACCUCUCCAGAGCUAUUGGUGACCACUUCUAUAAGAGGAACAAGGCUCUGCCUCCAGAGGAGCAGAUGAUUUCUGCGAUGCCAGAUGUCAAAGUUUUGACACUUAACGAGGACCACGACUUCAUGGUCAUUGCCUGCGACGGCAUCUGGAAUGUGUUGAGCAGUCAGGAGGUGGUGGACUUCAUCAGUGAGAGGAUCAAACCAGACCAGAGUGGCAAAGUCAGACCCCUCUCAGCCAUAGUGGAAGAGCUCUUGGACCACUGUUUGGCCCCUGACACAUCUGGAGACGGGACAGGAUGUGACAACAUGACCUGCAUCAUCGUCACCCUCCGGCCACACCCAUCCCCUGCUCAUUCAGACAACACAAAGAAGAGGAAGCAACCGGAGGAGGCAGAAGGGACCGAGCCGGAGGAGAAUGGAAACGACAGCAAAAAGGCUAAAAGUGACUAAAAGGCAAAGAGAAACUGUCCCAGAGGAAGCAGCUGGCCCCAGGCUACCCCAGAUACACCAGAGACACAUUCUGUUCAAAAUUAAAUCCUGACCUCACAAACAUCAAUUCAACCUAAAGCAGAAAUUACAAAUGCUAUACGGAUGCUCAAAGAUCAGCUGAACUAAGAUCAUCAGUAUAGCUUGGGUUUUUUUGCCUCUGUUUUAGGUGGAUUCUCACUUUAACACCCCUCCAGUUGUUUCUUUUGUUCCUUCUUGGUGGAAAGAAGCUGGACACGCUUUUACUUCUUAAAUUCAGAAGAGGCUGACUCGCCACUCACUGGCAUGCUGAAUAGCACAUCAGUUUUCAUGUAUUUGUUACUAGAAGGAAGAUGCAAGACGAAGACUAGUGUAUAUUUCUAAACAUUUGAGAGAUGUAUUGCCAUCUCUGCAGACAUGCAUUCUUGUUAAAUAUUUUUCCCCCCAUGACACAUUCAGUUUGUUUUUAUUGGAGGUUUGAGGAUGGCUGUUGUAGUGACCUGUGUCUGAUUGCUGUUCACAUCUUAACAGAGUGACACAUGCUUUUUCAUCGCGGUUUUGCAGUAUGAAAUGUGCAUUAUUACUUUUUCCAAUAGGAAACUGUACACUGUGUUGUGCCCGAAUUACAAGGCAGUCAUUGUAUCUCAACAUAGUGCCAUAAAACCAUGAAUUCUUUUCAUGAGCGCCAUUUCACAUCCUCAAAUUAACUGAACCCAGAGAAGGGACCAGAAAUGGCUGCUGAUUGGCAUUGCCAUAAAGGUAACUAUAGAAAAACUGAUCAGAUGAGACAAUAUUAGUGUCCUUUCUAUCCCAAAUUGAAGAUUCAAGAUUGCAGUGAGUGCGUGUGCUAGUCUGGUGUCGCAGUGAAUGUGUUGGUACCCUGUUACAGAGUUUGUUUAGGGGUAGUUUGAAUGACCACAGCCAGAAGAACUGAGGGAACUGAGUCCAGUUGCUCGUUUGCCAUUUAUAUGUAUUUUCUUUUUCUCAUUUUUUCCCCAACACCCAUUCACUGGUGAGGAUAUAUACUUUUUUUUUUUUCCUCCAGUCUUGCUGGUCACAUAAUCAACGAUACAUCACCAACAUCUUGCCUUUUUUUUCAUUCCUGCUUUGUGUUUUUGUCUUGAUCAAAAUCUCUAAAUUUCCAGACGGAGAGAAAAGAGUGCCAGGGUUUUGGGAGUUGGUCUACUUUCAUCUGUAAGAUCUGAUAGCUGGGAAACCGUCAGCAGGGAAACAUACAGAGACAUAAAGGGCAACAAGCCUUUUAUGUCUCUAUAUGAUCAUCCAGAAAGAGGUGGUGAUUAAAGCCCUGGACUGACCUUCCACACACAGCUCUACUCCAUGACUACAAUCCUUAACCCCAUUUACUCUCCCUUUGUCCCCCAUUUCCAUUACAACUUUUUUUAAGAUCAUCUCUAAGACGUGUUUUAAGUAAAAAAAGAAAUUUCCACUCAAAUGUUUAUUUUUUUCCAUUUCUGAUUAAUCAGUUUUCUGUAAGUUUUUAAAAAAGUCCUUUUUGAGCACACUCUGAAAAUGCCCUGACGCUGGACUGUGGAGAGGAUGCACAAGGUUAUUUUUUUGAGUGAAAUAAAAUUUGAAGUUCAUUGCACCAAGACAGUAUAACUGUAUAGAAGAUAAUUUUCUCUUUUAGUUGCAGAAGCCUCAUUUAAACAAUGUUGUGUGACUGUAAGUUUGUUUCUAGUGUACUCGUCACCAUGCCCUUUUUUUCUGUACAUAGUUUUUUCAAUACUUGUAAUUGAAGAAAAAGAAAAUGCUUUUUCUUUGUAAUUGUGAGUCAAUGUGACAUUUUUGGUGCAUACUCUUUUGACACCAGUAUGUAAGUACAUACAAAUACAUUUUUUAAAUAAUGGGA